AAACAGGACACGCAGACAGACCCUAAAGGCUUCGCCGGCGUUCUCCAAUUCCUCAUGAAUCAGAUGUAAUCUGUUUUAUAUUCUUUCUUUCUUUUUUUGUUUGUUUGUUUGUUUGUUUACUCAACAUCACAUCAGAUUCCAGCUCUUCUGUCAGAGAGUUACUGCUGGAAGAACACUUUUUAAGUAGUCCACCUAAGUUAGGUGGAGGGAACAUCUGCGGUUUAAAACGCGCAACAAUGGAUCUUUUGCUGUUUGUGGCAUUCGUCUCCUGGUUGACCCCCGCUCUCGUUUCAGCAGUAGACAGCGGAAAAGCAGACUAUGACAGCGCUUUUGAAUAUGACUACGAAUCUCUGAGGAUCGGUGGCCUGAUUUUCGCCGUCGUGCUGUUCCUGCUGGGUAUCGCCCUCAUCGUCAGCAGAAAAUGUAUGUGUAAAAAGAGUGACAAGUCAAGGUCCCGAGGUCCUGAUGUGGAAUCGGGUGUUCAAAGGGCAUAAUCCCAAAGACAAAGAUCAGAUGGUAAAUACUUCUAAGCCAGGGGUGGGCAAACAUUUAUGCGCAAGAGCAAUAUUUGAUCUCUAAACUGACAUUUGUCGAUGAGAUUUUAAAAAGUAUUUUGAAAAAGUUCAAAUAUAAUAGUUAAGCCUAAAUUAAAAAUGGAACAUUUUUACAGUGCCUUAAUAGUAAAAUGAUUAUCUAUGUUUAUAAUUCCAUUAUGAUUAAUGGUCCAAUUAUUUAAUCAAAUACAUAACAAUGGUUUAAUAUAUACUUUAAAAUAUUUUAACUAAUGUAUUUUAUUUAUUGAUUUGUAUUUUAUUACUUACAAUAAAUCAAUGCAAAUGAUCAAUUAUUAACCAGUCAUGAAUAAAUACAUGACAAAUAUGUGAACGAGUUCAUUUAAAAUAAUAAUUCACAACUGUUGAGGUUAUUUAUAAUUAACCUAUUAAAUCCAUUUAAAUCAAAUUAAUACAAAAUGUGGAAUUAAUAUGUAUUUUAAUUUUCCAAAUAUUUUAUUGUAUUAUUUACAAGAAAUCAACUACCCAAUUAUUUAAUGAGAUAAAUAUGUAAUAUAGAUUUUAAUAAAUAUAAGCCAUUGAUAAAUAAUUUAAUUAUCUUUUUUUUGGAUACGGUGGGCGACAAGGUUAGCAUCCGCCUCACAGUUCUGAGGACCGGGGUUCAAAUCCCGAACACGCCUGUGUGGCGCUUGCAUGUUCUCCCCCAUGCCUGCGUCGAUUUUCUCCGGGCAUUCCAGUUUCCUCCCACAUCCCAAAAAUGCUAGGUUCAUUGAAGACUCUUAAAUUGUCCGUAGGUGUGAAUGUGAGUGCAAAUGUUUGUUUGUUUAUAUGUGCCCUGCGAUUGGCUGGUGACCGGUUCAGGGUGUACCCCGCCGCCUGCCCGCAGUUGCUGGGAUAGGCUCCAGCACGGAUGGAUGGAUGGAUGGAUGGAUGAAUAAUCAUUUUUUAUCACAUAAAAAAGUCCAAAUAUUGUUUUAUUUUACUAUUAUUCUAUUAUUUUCAAUAAAAAAAGGAACCAAUUAUUGAAUGGGGUUAAUGAAUUAAAAAAAGGCAAAGAAAAAUAUAUUUGAACUAGAAUUAAUGCACCAAAAGUGACAGGACUGAUCAUGUAAAUGUUCAGAUUAAACAACGGAACCGGGGGGGGGGGGGUGAAUGAAACCGUCUUUUUUUUUUCCCCACCCCUGCUCUAAACAAUCUCACGUGAUUUUAACAUACUGUAUGUAGCCUACGUCACUGAUGGUGUAGUGGUACACUUGCCUCACUUUGGUGCAGGCAGCGUGGGUUCAGUUCCCACUCAGUGACAGUGUGAAUGUGAGUGCGAAUGGUUGUCCGUGUCUACAUGUGCCCUGCGACUGACUGGCGACCAGUUCAGGGUGUAGUCAGCCUUUCGCCCGAAGUCAGCUGGGAUAGGCUCCAGCGUCCCGCGACCCUAACCAGGAUAAGCGGUGUUGCAAAUGGAUGGAUGGGUCUAUGUAGCCUCCAGUAAAUACAUUUUCAUGACCGGCUCUGCCUCCUCUGCUUGCACUUCCCAAAUAUCACCACCAGAUGCCAGCAGAUGCUCCCAUCGGCCGAAGACAAGCGUGAUUAUUAAUAAACACUUCAAUUUUAGAA